AUGGUCCGACUGCUCUCCGCCGCACUCCUGGUGCUUGGCCUUGUCGGUGGCAUGGCGGCCGCCCAGGGAUCGCAGCCAGAUGCGCUCAAGCAGCUGGAGAACAAGGGGAUGCCGCAGCUCAUGGCGCAGAUGGCCAAGUCCAAGACGUGCACGAACGCGACGAUGCGCAUCCGGAAAGAAUGGGGCGAUUUGCCGGGUGCGGAGCGCAAAAAAUACAUCGCUGCCGUGCUUUGCUUGUCCCAGCGUCCGUCGCGCUACUCCCCGUCCGUGUGCCCCGGCUGCAAAUCUCGAUAUGACGACUUUGUUGCCGUUCACAUACAGUUUACUCCCACUAUUCACGGCACAGGAAACUUUUUGUCUUGGCACAGACACUACACCUUUGCUUUCGAGUCGGCUCUCAUCACGGAGUGCGGCUACACUGGCGCGCAGCCGUACUGGGACUAUGGCCGCUGGGCUCAAGACCCGCUCAACAGCCCAAUCUUUGACGGCAGCGACACUAGCAUGUCUGGCAACGGCGAGAAGAUCUCCCACAAGUCCACAAUAUCACCUCCCGGGGAAGGCGGUGGCUGUUUGAUGUCGGGUCCAUUCAAGAACAUGACCGUGUAUCUGGGACCACUUGCGGCAACGGCGGACCCGAGACCAAAGGCCAACCCGCAGGCCAACGGGUUGGGCUCAAACCCGCGCUGCAUCCAGCGCGACAUCACCAACUAUCUGUCGUCGCGGUACGGGCGGACGCAGGACAUUGUGAACCUCAUCACCAAGAACAACGCCAUCGGGACUUUUCAGACGGCAAUGCAGUCAACCAUUGGCACCAUGGGGAUACAUGGAGUUGGGCACUUUGUGCACGGCAGCCAGGAUCCGGGAGGAGACUUUUAUGUCAGCCCGAACGAUCCAGUGUUUUGGCUGCACCACUCCAUGAUCGACAGGGUCUGGACGAUCUGGCAGUCCCAAGACUUGGCGAACCGCCUCAUGACCAUCGCCGGCGGCACGUCAAUGUUUGGAGGCGGGCGCUCGCAAUCGUUGGAUGACUUGAUCAAUUUGGGCAAUGUGGAGCCGACGGACAAGAAAUGGAAGAUUCGGGAGCUUGUCAGUGUCACGGAUGGGCCGCUUUGCUACAUGUAUCAGUGA